AUGGAAUUUUAUUCUAUAAACAUAAUUUUAUUUAUUUUUUUCGCACCUUCUUUGUGUCAACACGAUAAUUUUGAAUUACCCGAUAACGAUAAAUUUUCCAAAUGGAAUUUAAUACUAGAAUCAAAAUUAUAUCGUCUCAUAAACAACUUGACUCAAUACGAAUUCAUUCAAAAUGUUUAUUCAAAAAACGUUGUUGGUUAUUCAAUCGAACCCAUUGACGGUGAGGAAAUAUUAAAAUCGGUAAUUAAUAAAUUAAAUCAUCUACUAUUAAAUAAAAAAACAGCAUUGAUAAAACUUGUUAAUAAAGCAGAAGAAACAUAUUCGAAAUAUGAAAAAAUAAAUAAGCCAUUACAAAAUGCUGGAGUUAAUUUUUUUAACAUGAAAGAUCCAAAUAAUUCAGCCAACAUGACGUUCAGCCAUAAUUUUCGUCAAAAAGUUUCAUAUAAAGAAUCCGGGGUUCACAUACCUCUUGAAAUUUUUGACGGUUACUCAAAUAUAUUAAAUGGAGUAAAUUGGACUUCGAGCUUGGAUGAGGUUUUUAAAGAAAAUCAUAGAAUGGAUCCUAAUAUUGGAUGGCAAUUUUUUGGUAGCUUUCAUGGUUUUUUAAGAGUUUAUCCUGCUUUUAGAUGGCCCGAUCAUUCGAGAUAUCCUGAUUUUUUUGAUGUUCGAAGAAGAUCCUGGUACAUACAAAGUUCCACAUCUCCAAAAGAUGUUAUCAUUUUAUUUGAUAGAAGUGGAAGCGUUCAUGGUCCUACACUUGAUAUAAUGAAAAUCACAGCAAGAGCUUUGCUUAAUUCUUUAGGAGAAAAUGAUUUUGUUAACGUUGCUUGGUUUAAUAACGACGUUAAAUGGGUGGUACCUUGUUUAAAAACUUUAGUUCAAGCUACAACUCAAAUAAAAAAUUUAUUAGCUGAUGCAAUUGAAAGAUUGACUGAAAGCAACCUUACAAGUUAUGUAACAGCUUUAGAUUUUGCUUAUGAAGAAUUUAGAAAGUUCGAGGAAAUAAAAAAACCGUGGAUCGGUUCAAAUUGUCAUAAAAUUGUCAUGUUUCUCAGCGAUGGGGGUACCGAAUGGCCGACUGAUGUCAUCAACAGACAUUGUAACAAUUCAAAUAAUGAAAACAUAAAAAUUUUCACUUUUGCUUGCGGUCCCCACCCGAUUCCAACGGUUAUUUUGAAAGAAAUGGCCUGUUCUACGGGGGGUUAUUUCAGUCCGAUAACUGCUUUGGGAUCCGUUCGCAUAAAAGUUCGAGAUUAUGUGAACGUUUUAAGCAGGCCUUUAGCUUAUUCAAAACAUGAAAAUUUAUUUUAUUGGAAUAAUUUUUAUCGCGAUGUCGGAGGACUUGGUCUUGUCACAACUCUUGCACUUCCGGUUUUUAAUAAAAGUCCAAACGAUGAACAUAAAAUAAGUCAAUUGUUAGGAGUUAUGGGUAUCGAUAUACCCGUUGAAGAAAUAUUCAAUUUGUAUCCUAAAUAUUUACUCGGACCUUUCGGUUAUCCAUUUGCCAUUAACACCAACGGAUUCGUGAUAUAUCAUCCAAGACUCAAGGAUCACAUUGUAUACUUAGAGGAUCCUCCGAGUAUUUAUCUCACCGAUUUGGAAGGACGUUCUAAAGACAUAGAAGAAAUGGAAAAAUCAAUGAUUGAUGGGAAAAAUGGAUCGUUGAAAAAUUUUAAAUCCAUUAUUCCCACGGGUUUAAAUCACGCCGUUUUGAUGAAUAUGACAUUUUUUUAUGAAAAAAUUAAAUCUACGACUUUCAGGUUCGGAUUAGCUUUGCCAUCUAAUCAUUUCAUACUUAAAACAAAUUUAAACGAAGAUAUAAAAUGGCUACGAAUUUUAAAAGAUGUUGAAGGAAUUUCAAUUGCGCCCUGGAAUUAUUGCCCAAGGGAAAAACCCGAAGAAGAUUUGACUCUUUUAAAACUUAUACAAUUAAUAUCAGAUAAUAAUAUUUCAUAUUGUAACGAAAACAUGAUCAGAAAUUUAGAAUGGGAUGCGAAAAAUUUAAUUGAGAUUAGCAAAAAUUGGGACGAAAACAUUCGUGCACAAGAAGUUAAAUCAAGAUUUUUAAUUACAAACACAGGUUUGACGUUAUAUAGAGAAUUAAAUGAUAAUAAUAAUAAUGAAGAAGAAGAAGAUUAUUUGGGACAAAGAGAUCCAUCAAAGAGUAGCGUUUAUAAAAGAGCUUCUUCCGCAUCCGGUUUUGUCUUUUCAUUGACCAGAAAAAAAAGAAACAGGCUCACAAUAGCUAGAAAAAUAAUUAUUAAUGAAUCUUUUGUGACAGCUGUGGCUGGAAUCGACAUUCAUCAAAAAAUAAUCCAAAAUGUUUUUGAUGAAACCAUAAAUUCUGAAACAAAUGAUAGUUGUGCUUCUUCGGAGCUUUUACAUUGUUAUUUAUUAAAUGAUGGAGGAUUAAUUGUCGCCUCAAAUAAUAAACGUUCUCUGCCUGGAAAUUUUAUAGGAGUUCACGAUCCACAAUUACUGGAAUUUUUACUGUUAAAAAAAGUAUUUUUACGAGAAUAUCGUCAUAAUUAUCAAUCUUGGUGUUCGAAAAAUUCAAUACAAUCAACUGCCAAAGCUGCUAAAUUUAAUAAAUUUCCAUUUAUUAAAUUUAUUUAUGACGUAAUAAAAGCUUUUCAUUGGAGGAAAUCUAUAAACGAAUAUGGGGAAAAUAUAUCGGAAUAUGAAAAUCACGCUUGUGUCUCACAAUCAAUUUGGUAUUAUCACAAUGAAGAAAUAAAAUAUCCUCUUUGGGGGUCUCAAAAAUGUGGAGAAAACAAAAGAAAUUUUCAAAUUGAAUUUUUAAAAAAUGUCGGACUUUUCUUUUUGAUUAUUCAACCUCCGUGCGAUGAUGAUUUUUUAACUUAUUCAUCCCAAGAUUUUUUACAUUUUGAAAAAGGUACCGAUGAGGACGCCACAUUUUGCAAAAAUCAACAACAUUACAGGCAUAGACCGGAAAAAUGUUACAUAAACAUACCAAAGAUCCGAAUACAAAAUCCUUUUGAGGAAAGAUAA